AUGGCAUCGCACAAAGGAAGCAUGCAAGCUCGCGAAGUUUGUCUGCUGGGCUGCACCCUCCUUUCGGCCCUUGUCGCCUUCUGGGAGCACCGGAGGCGCCUGCGGAGCGACCGGGACGCGCAGCGCUCGAUCGAAGAUGCUGCCCGCAGCCGGAAGCUGCGGGAUGAGGAGCGCACAGGCCGUAUCCGCGCGGAGCAGGCGUUGCGGCAGGACCAGGCACGUGCAAGCACAGACGCAAGCACCGACCAGGAUGCUGCCAACCAAUCGGACCAAAAACCGUUUUUGUUCCAUCCCAUUGGAGUCUUUGAUUCUUGCUAUCGCCAGCGCUGUGGCACACCCCGCCAGAGCAACUUGGUGUCUGGAAGCUUGGCUGUGCUGCGCUGUGUGAGAGAUCUGAACCCAGGCGCCGCGCUACAGGGUUUGGAGGCCUUUAGCCACGUUUGGGUGCUCUAUGUGUUCCACGAGAACACGAAUAUGCUGAAGGAGUCCAAGACCGUUUCGCGCCGAAAGCAACAGCAGGGUCGGGUGCCGCUCUGGCAGGGCCUCUGCAUGAAGGUGGCUCCUCCUCGCUGCCCGGAACUCCGUGUGGGCGUGAUGGCCUGCCGGACGCCGCACCGACCCAACCCCAUCGGGCUCUCCUUGGCAAGAGUAAUGGAAGUGGAUGCGGCGCACGGCAAGGUGGUCUUGGGUGGUCUGGAUGUGGUAGACGGAACUCCGUGCCUGGACAUCAAGCCUUACUUGCCUGGCUUCGAGUCGAUCCCCACUGCUCGGAUCCCAGCUUGGGUGCAGAGGUCUUAUGACGAACCCAUGAUGACAGUGGGCUGGCUUGAGGUUGCGGCGCAGCAGUUUGCCAACAUGCUCCUCCCCCCCGACCCCAUACCCCUCGCACCUUUCAAGACGGCGGCAGAUCUUUGGGCAGCUAUUGUUGAUACGUUGGCCCUUGACAUCCGCUCGCCCUUGCAGAAGCAGCGCCAUCCGAAUCCUGGACACCUGGGUCAGGGUGCGCCAUUCUUCAGCGGUGACCUCUGGUUUCACGAGCUGCACAUCAUGUACUCCCUGCUGCCGACAAAGGCAGUGGAAGGGCCGGAUGAAGGGCCGGCGGCCUCUGUGCGGAUUGACGAGAUUCUGCGGAGAGAUCCAGAAAGGAUCAGAAAGGGUGUUCUGGUGUUCAUCGCGCAGUGUGAAGUGUCCGCAAGCUUGGCUCAACGGGGGGGAGCUCAGUUCCACAGUUGUCCUCUCGCUGUGAGGGAGGCGAGGAAGGCGCAUGUGGAAGGGUCUGCUUGGUUAAACUUGUGGCUGAUUGUGGGUGUGUGGUAUGGUGUGUGGUGUAAAGACAUCGAAGAUGAGAAAUUCCCGGUGAUUGUGAAAUGGCUUCCGGCCUCCUACCAGAAGAAGUACCUCAAGAUCCAGCCGUGGUUCCCGUGGAACUUUCACGUGAAGGCCAAGCCGGUGACCUGUGGCAACUGCAAGAAGGAGGCGGAGGUCUACUGUGUCGACUGCAAGGUUGUGCUGUGCAAGUUCUGUGCGACGCUUCUGCAUCAUCCGGACACCAAGUACGAGAAGCACAGCCUGGAAGACAUAGUGAAGCCCGAGGAUGGGGUCAUGCCGGAGGUGAAGAUAAUUAGUCCCAUACUCUUGGACAUGGUCCUCUUCGCUUCAGCCUGCUUCCUCUUCUCUGGUGCAGGCAUCAGCGCUGAGUACUUCAGUGGUACCAGCUACUGCCCAGGAUUGUCCCGACUGAGGGGCUGGCUGGUGUGGAUGGAUGCCAACGUGUUCUUCUACUGGAAGAACGAGCUGGCCCAGUACUGCGACUGGGAGGACUCCUACUGGAGGUUCUUCAUGGACGCUUGGAUACGCAGCGUUCUGACAAACACGGACAGUUGGAUCCUGCUGAUCGGCUCGUUCAUAAAAGCCGGCAGCCGAGCAAUGUUCAUGCGAAUCAUCAUCACCCCUAUUGCGGCGCAUGUCUAUGCCGUCUUGGCCUACAUCGUUCGAAGUGUCGAGUUUUGGCUUCACAAGAUUCUCUACGAACGACUAGAAGGUUCUGACCACACCUUCACGAAGAUCUUGCAGAUGGUCCAGCAGAUCAAGUUUGCCCAGAAGCUAGGGAUCACCGACACCUCGGUGAAGCUGCUGGCGGCACUGUUCCUCCGCAUCUUCUGCAUCAUUUUCGGUGGAGAGACGCUGUUGAGCGUUGCGUACCUCUUGGGGUUCGGCAACCGUGCAGAGCAGCAUCAAGCUUGGUUCACACAGAUGACAGGUGCCAGCAUCAACAAUGGUGGCGCCAACUACUACUACUGGACGGACCGGCUUCUCUCUGCGGUAGUUCCGCAGGUGCUGAUGAGUGUGCCCCUCUUCAGAGACUUCAUGUCUGAGACGGCGAUGGGCCUGAUGCGCACCGCCUGGGGAUUUUGCCCCGUGGUGCUCAAGUUGUGGCCCAUCUGGCUCUUCCUUCUCAAGCGCUGGGGGUGGAGCCGGCUCAUGAAGAAACAGCAGACAGAGUUCCUCACGAAGUGGAAGUCCAAAUAUUGCAAGGAGAUUUGGGGCGACAUGAGCCGCGAGAAUCCUUGCGGUGGAACCGCCUAUCAGCAGGUGGGCAAUGGUGGGCGGUUGGUGGGGCCGCCGAUUGGCAGUUUCGACAAUGGCGACGACCACGGCGAAUGCCCCGAGAGGACUAUCCACUGCUUUGGAUAUGUGAAUGCCUGGUCUCAAAACGACGACAAUCAGGCCGAGGGCAAUCCCCAGAAAGAGUCCACGCCCGGAAGCUUCUUAGAACAGUUCCUGAUGCUUCCUGUUCUGAUAUCUUCCGGCUUACGGUUUCCCCUUGAACGUGAGACGCUGGUGCGCACGGCCAUGGUGCUGGCAGUGGUUGUGGUGGUGCUCGGCUCCUCUGUGGCCUUCUCCGUGCCGCAGGCGGACCGGUCGAGUCUCCGGCGGCUGCUACUUCCAACCUCGGCGGGCUUGGCCAACAUGAUGUUUGGGCCUGCCACAGCAGAGGAGCUGAAGCAGGGACAGGAAGUUACUCUUCGCAUCGGCGACACCUUCGUCGUCAAGUUUCGUGGUCCCAUUCCACGUGACGAUUUCGUGCUCGGUGGCGGCGGGGACAUGUUUGGGGGGACCCAGUUGCUGAACAAUCCGAAGGUGAUCUACGUCAAGAAGGGGGGCAUCGCCUAUGGACAGGGACUGCGCGUGGGCGACGAGAUCACCGCUGCGCAAAAAGAAGACGUGAACGUCAUCUUUUCGGAAGGCGAGCUUCGAAGGUUUCCCGACAUAGACGGCAUAUUGAAGCAGCUCUCCGCUGGGAAAGAAAUCAAAGGAGCCGAGGCUGCUCCUGGUCUGGUCAUGGAGUUCCGUGCCCGGGGCACGGUGCAGCCCGGGGAUCUCGCCCCAGACUUCAAGCUGCCUGCCAGUACUGGCGGCCUGCUGUCCCUCAAAGAGCUCCUUGAGGGCAACGAGUACCUGGUAAUGUUCUUCCGCCCAUCCAGCCGCUUUCGAGGUGGAGGCCUGGAUGAGGUCAAGUACUUCGAUCGGGCGCAGAAAGUGUUGGCGGAACGAGGGGCCACCAUCGUCGGGGUACAGCGCGAGCCGCUAAAGGCGCUCGAGACGCAGUCCAAGCGCAUGGGCUUGAAUUACCCUUUGCUCUGUGAUUAUGCCGGGGAGGUCGCAAAAGCAUACGGGGCCUACAUCGAGCUCGAGGAGCAAGGUCCUAACACGAACCGACUGACCUUCAUCAUCGGCAAGGAUGGUUUCGUCAAGGCCUCUUUCGUGACCGUGGGCUACGACGCCGACAAGUUUCAGCUGCAAGACCACGUGGCCGAUGUUGUUCGGGUCCUGGGUGGCGAUCCCAAGCAGGCGAAACUGGACAUGCAGCCCAAGUCCAAGUCGGUGGGCGACAUGUUGGAGAUCGCGCUGGGGGUGCAGAAGCCCAAGCUGUGA